GUGCCAAAUGAAUUCCACCGGGGGCGAAAACACAAUGACUAUGAAUGCUACCGGAAACGAAAACACUACGACUUUAAUGAUAACAUUUUGUGUUUUGGUGUUUAUGAUAUCUCUUUUAUCGCUGGUUGGGAACAUCUUGGUAUUAGCCGCCAUCAUCAGAAGUCGAAGACUUCAUACAACGUCCAAUGUGUACGUAUGUGCUCUGGCAGUAACUGAUAUCUUCAUCACUGUUGUACACGCUGUUAAGUACACAUUGAGAGCACUCGAAGUCAACUUGUCGUUCAUCCCCUGCUGUGUAAUUGUAGGUAUGUCUCUCUUGGGAUGUUCCACCAACCUUAUGCUGAUUGAGGCCAUCAGUGUGGACAGAUUCUAUGCUAUAUAUUGGCCAUUCAAGUACAGAAAGAAGUGCACGAAGUCCAGAGCUAUUAAACUGUGCGUAUUUAUUAUGAUUUUUUCUUUCGCAAGUGAAUCAGUUCUAGUCAUGAUCUUUCAUUCUAAAACUCUGCAAACGACUUGUUGGUCUGAAGAGAUUCUUACAGCGCCAAUAGCGACGACUUUUACCAUAGUGAUAUGUUGUGUUGCCCUGGAAUUAACGGUCAUGUACGGGGCGAUGUUCUACAAGGCUGUAGAGCACCAACGAAACUUGUCCAUUGGCUACUUCAGUAAGAACAAAGAUUUGAGUAUAUUUGACAUCAAAGCCUUGAAGACAUGUAGUGUUGUUCUGGGAGCUUUCCUUAUCAUGUGGUUCCCACCUUUAUCCAUGUUCAAUGUAAUCGCCUACUCAUCCAGCCCCUCGGACUAUGACCUGGCGUUGCUGGCAUGUAUGGUGUUCCCGGUCGUCAACACUGCCGUGGAUCCUGUGGUAUACGCCAUCAUGCGGAAGGACAUCAAGAAAGGCAUUCGUAGGCUGUUCAGGAGGCUUGAAAGGCAGCCAACCACCAUUGAACAUUGUGAGUUAAGCAUCAAGAAGGCAAUUACAGGUUGUUCAGGAGACCAGAAAGGCAGCCAACCAUCAUUGAACAGUGUGAGUGAAGCAUCAAGAAUGCAAUUACAGGUUGUUCAGGAGACCAGAAAGGCAGCCAACCAUCAGUGAACAGUGUGAGUGAAGCAUCAAGAAGGCAAUUACAGGUUAUUCAGGAGACCAGAAAGGCAGCCAACCAUCAUUGAACAGUGUGAGUGAAGCAUCAAGAAGGCAAUUACAGGUUGUUCAGGAGACAAGAAAGGCAGCCAACCAUCACUGAACACUGCCGUGUCCUGUGGUGUACGCCAUCAAGAGAAGGACAUCAAGAGGGGCAUUUGUAGGCUGUUUAGGAGACCAGAAAGGCAACCAUCCACCACUGAACGGUAUGAGUAAAGUAUCGAGAAGGCAUUUUUGGCUGUUUAAAAGACCAGCAAGGCAGACAGACACCAUUGGACAGUGUGAGUAAAGCAUCAAGAAAGGAAUUUGCUGGCUGUUCAGGAGACCUGAAAGACAGUCACAAGUUUGAAGCAUGAAUGAAACCUUCAAGAAGACCUGUGAUUAGAUCUUACUACUGGGUUCAUUAUUUUUAUUUGAAAACUUGUGUGUAAACUAACUUGACACAACCCCAUAAAUGUCUCCGGUAAGUCUAUUAAAACCGCUUUUAUCGGACACUUGGGAAAUAUUAAUUAUCGUAAUGAUCGAAAACGCCAAGAAUUGUUUUGAAGGAAAAUUAAUGACACGUUUUCAGUGUAACGAUUUGUACUAUACUUUAUAUGAUAUCAUCUAUGUGUAUUGACUUCCUAGUCAGUAUGGAAUUGAUUAUGAAAACGAGAAGAUUACAUGUAUUAUGAAAAGCUUACACGUUGUACAUGUUUUUAACAAUCAUGAUGUCAACUUGUUUAUGACACGGAAAAAACCCAGUGCAAAGUGCAUAUUAAAUUUCAUAUUGUCA